AGGCGCGGGUGAAAAUUUGCACCGUUGGUCACGGCCUUGCCCCAGAAGUUGGGUGCGUGGAGAUUUGCACUUCAAGUUUGUAUAUGCGUGGCCGAGCGGGCGCUAUUUUAAUAUAAAAUGCGACGACGCCGAUUCGAACAUCGGUCGCCAGCAGCUUGUUACACAGCUUUGCGCCAGUCCGAGCAGUAGCCUCAUGGCACCGCCGAUACUGCUUCUCGCAUGGAGCCUCGUCCUUGCGUAUGCAGCCCCGCUGAGUGCCGCUGACAGCACGUGCCCGUCCAUCUGCACGUACAGCGAGUCGUCCUGGGCCGGGUUCACCACUGACGGCAAGGCCAAGCUCUGCAUGUGCCAGGCCAGCGCCUCUGGCUGCGACUGCAAGCAAAACAACCCGAAUGUCUACUGCUUCAAGUUCACAACCGACACACCCGGCAACGUGCUUGGUGUAUUGGCCUUGGAGCCGCAAGCAUCCGGGGGCUGCGAAUCGGGGCUCACCGACUGCCGCUGCAGGACGAGCACGAAAACACCGGCGCCAACGACCGUGACGCCGGCCCCCACGCCGUCGCCGACCACCGAGUCGCCCAAGCCGACGCCGUCCACGGCGAGCCCCACUACGAGUACGUCCCCAGGUACAACGUCCCCAGCCACUACACCCGUCGUGUCGACUGAUGGACCUACUCCUUCUCCCUCUGCCACUCCCACCUCUGCUCCUCCCACCUUGGCGCCUACCACUACACCCACGACGACUCCUCCAGGUUCCAGCUCGCCGUCUCCCGACUCGAACGGCUCGUCGCUUCAAACGUGGCAGAUUGGCCUCAUCAUUGGCUCUGGCGUCCUUAUCCUCGGCGUGCUCUGCACACUCUGCUGCCUCUGGCGCUCCAACCGCGAGCGCAUCGAGCGCCACGAGAACGUCGAAGAGGACGAAGAGUUUUACCGCGAAAACUACCAAACCAACAAGCGCCGGUCGUCCGAGAUGCACCAGUUCCACCCGUCGUCGAGCAACCUCGCGCGGUCCGCGACCCGCGCCGACUCGGCGCCGCUCGCCCCUGCGACGAGCAACUAUGCCGACGAGACGUACUCGGCCAUCAUCAACGGCAACGACCUCUACUCGCGCCGCGGCAGCAACGGAAGCCUCCUCCUCACCAACCUCCACAACCCGGCGUCGGUCGCCACGUCGCCCGCGCGCCCGGGCAUGGACGACACCAAUCGAUCGUCGCUCAAGCCAUUGCACCCGCUCGUCGAUGUGUAGUCCUUACUAGCCCUAUCCCGCAUGACCACAUUAACCAUCUCGACGACUCCGUAUAUAGCAUCUACCUCCUCUACCCUACUGUCUAUUGCUCGUGGAACAAGCUUAGCGUCGGAUCUGGCGUCGUUCCCCUACCCCACGGUGCCCGACCAGUACAUCGCCGUCCUGGGCACACCGACGCACCCUUGCCGACCGGGCAAGAGGGUGUUUGAAAAUGGUCAAAAUCGUCUUGUGUGUUUG